AUGGAGGUACUUUCUAAAAUCGAUCCUCUUGAGAAGAAAAUGCUGAUUUCACUUCUUCUGACAAUGCUCAUAAGCUACAAUAUGAAAAACAGAUCAGCAAUCCAUAGCUUAGUGUCAUCUCUAAUAGUUUUGCAGAUUGCAUUCGACUACAAGCACAUGCUCUAUCUAAUUGCAUCGCUUUCCUUCAAUAUGAUCCUGCUUAAGUGCUCCUCAAUGUCAAGAUACUCGUUCACUAUCAUAAAUAUAGCAAUCCUCUACAUAUACAAAACAUUUGGAAUACAUAUUGAGCAAAGAAUUUCAGGUGCAUUCGAUAUAUCCGGUAUUCUAAUGCUAAUGACCAUAAAAAUGUCGUAUCUUGGGAAAGAAUAUAAAAAAGACAGAAAUACAAUCAGAGACGCACUGUCUUAUGUCCUUUUCAUUCCCGGGCUCCUUAUGGGGCCAGUUCCAACAUUCGAAAGCUUCAUGAAAAACAGAUAUGAAAGGCCAAAAAAGCUUUUUCAUGGCGCUUUCUUGAAGUCGAUUCUCUUUUUGAUUCUCUUUCAGACUAUACGAAUCAGCAUACCUAAAGAGUAUAUCACACAGAAUUUAUUGCCACUACCUAUACGAUUAAUGUGUUUAUACCUCUUCACAGUAGGCAAUAGACUAAAGUUCUACUUUGUAUGGCACUUCUCACACGGAUGCUUCAUAUUCCAAAACUUUCCUGGCUUAUUAAAUAUCGACUUCCUUAAGGUAGAACUGGCAACAGAUGUCAAGGAGCUAAGUAACUAUUGGAACAUAUAUGCCGGAGUGUGGCUGAAGGACUGCUUCUUUGAUCCCAUAAGAGGCAAAUCCACCUUCUGGGCAAGUAUUGCUACAACUACGGUCGCUGCAUUGUGGCAUGGUAUAAGUCCAUGCUACCUAAUCAUGUUUCUUUCAAUAACAACAUCGAAUGCUAUUGUAAAAAAGAACAAUGCUAUAGUCAUGAAAUUCUGCCCAUCAAUGUUCUGGAUACUGUCAAGAGCUCAGAUGUUUAUAAUCACCUCGUACUUCACCCCGUCCUUCUUCCUGCUCAAUCUUUCUGAGCUCCUCAACACAUGGCACGGCGUAUACUAUAUUGGGCAUGUGUUCAUUUUAUUGAGUCUUGUAUUACAGAUGAUACUAAAAUCAAUCAUUCACGAGGAGUUACAGAAAUCCAAGCAGACAGGCAAAAAUAAAAUUUGUAAUUAG